UCGCAAACCGACGCCGCAUGUCGUUUCGCGCGCCGUUUCGACCCGUGUGUAUGGUGUUAGUGAAAUAACAUAACAGCAAAUUGUUUUGUUCUGUGUUAUUAUUGUGUGAUAGUGUCAUACUGCUGGUGCGACCGUUCCGGUUCUCUUUGUUGUGAUGCAUUUGAGGAUAUACCUAUGGCUGUCUUGUGUAGUCCUCGCAGGAUACGUUCGAGCGACAGAGGACGCUGCCGUAGAAAAACCGACAGAAGAAACAGUAGUUCAAAUACAGAACGACGUCCACUCGCCGCCUGACCACGACCUGUUCAUCGAUGCUGCUGAUGAUGGUUCGGGCCUAGACACAGACGAGAGUUCGGGCUCCGGGUGGGGAGCCGGCCCCGGCCCUGACGACGAGGACGGACGAGGAUCAGGUGACGAGCCCAACGGACCUCCCGAUGACGAAGACUAUGGAUCCACCACCAUUGGCAGUGAAGAGACAGAACGCACCAUUAUCGAAACUCCCAUUACGCCCGAGAAAUCGGAGCCAGACGACAUAGACAUCCCUGAACAGACGGAGCCUCCUGUCGUAACCAAAGUGAACAUCCCGCUCCAAUUACCAACAGAUCCCAGGAAUAUCGAUGUGCUCAUUCCCAAUACAAGGAACAAGCCAGGCGAAGGCACUUCGGAGGAGGGAAGAGGCGCGGGGGAGGAGCAACCCUCGCGCCCGGAUCAGACAGACAUCAGCAUCUCUGGCGAGGACCUCGUGCCUUCAGUCGACCAGGAGCCAUCAGGCAGCAACGUGAAUCAGGAGUCGAGGGCGCCGGACAAAGUCGUCAUCAUGAACGCCAAACCCGAGGACCGCGCUACCAGCUUCUUUGCCCAGCCUGGCAUCCUCGCCGCCGUGAUUGGCGGUGCAGUAGUAGGGUUACUAUGCGCAAUCCUGGUAGUGAUGUUCAUAGUGUAUCGCAUGCGCAAGAAGGACGAAGGCUCCUAUGCGCUCGACGAGCCCAAGAGAAGCCCUGCAGCAGCAUCAUACGGGAAGGGCCACAACAACCGCGAAUUUUACGCGUGAGACGACACAGAGCAACCAACGCCACGUAUUUACUAGUCGGCGGUCACGACCUGACUGACCGGUCAACCGUCUUCAUAAUAGCCAUUCCAUUUUUAAAUUUUGACAGUUACACACCAUACCACGCGAAAUGCGCGGGAAUAUAAAUAAAAAAAAAUAAUUUCAAUUAAUUUAUGAACGUGGCUAAAAUUGUUCUGUGAUUUAUUUUAAAAUUAUACGAUCGAUGAAAUAAUUUAUUAUUCUAUAAAUGUUUGACAUGGAUACAAAUUUGUAAUGUACGGAUUGUACAGUGAUGUACAAGCCAGGUACAAAAGAUACAGAUUAUUGUCACUACGAAGACAGUAAGAUUAAAGUUAAAAUGUUAUUAAAUUAUCAUCUUUGAGACCAAGUUUUUUAAUCAUUUGUGUGAUGAUUUUAAAUGGUGUUUAUCAGAGGUUUUGGUGUAUUGAUGUCUCUAUGAAAGACCAAUGUGGUUCGUAUGUUCUGAAUGAUCGAUCUUGUAUGUUUUCUGUAAAAAAAAAUAAGAAUUUUGUGCCAUCCGCUUUCCUUCAACUGUAUAUUGCCAAUUCUCUUCGCGCAGACUAUAAAGUCUCGAUAAAUAAAUUAUCUGUGGACACGUCCGUCACUUAUGUGUAAUAUAAUUAUGUAUGUGUGUAUGUAUUUAGAUCGAACUCUCUAUAUAAAAAAAUAAGUAGAUUUUGUAAUAUUUUGCUUCCAGUUUGUCAUCGAAAUUUUUAUUUUUUUACUGAACAAAUCUUGUAUAUCUAUUUACGGAUAUUCGCUACUGAUUAUAUUGAAUAAUUUGGUAGAAAAAGAAACAGAAUUUUCGAUAACACACUUAACAUUUGGUUUUAUAAUACUUUUUUAAUUUUAGAAAACUAAUUUUUUUAUUUAAGAUUUAUUUUGUUGUCACCUUGGGGGUUUAAUUUUAGGAAUUGACGUAUCUCUAUUAUUUAGUUUGUUUUUUAAUAUAGUUAUAGAUAUUUUAAUCUCAUUUUAUACAAUUGUAAUUUCUGGAAUUAGGUUGUGCAACGAUUUUUAACUUGCUUGUGCCAUCUUCAAUUUCCCAAUUCAUUUCUGUAGGAGAUAUUCGUCAACAUUAAUAAAUUUGCGUGCUAUACACAAUAUUUUUACUCCCUUUUUAUAGAAAAAAAAACAUCAGAAACCCAUACCCAUAUCUUAUAUAGAAACAUGUUAUAACCAAUUUUUACCCAAAUACCGCCAUGCCAAAAGCCAAUUAUUCAAAUAAUCACUUAGAACGGCUUAAAAGCCUAGUUAUGCAUCGCAAAAUAUUAAUGUAGACGCAAUUAAACGCCAGUGUUAUUUAAUUAAUUUAACUUAAGUAACACGUUAUGUCAAUUAAUUUAUUUAAUUAAAUAUAAAAUUUAAAAUCUGUAAUUAUCGAGAUUGUUAAUAGAAAACUAAUAAUUUCUUUAGUUCACGAAGUUAUUUAAUUAUUCUAUGAGUAGAUGCGUUACUGGAUAUAAAUGAACCAUUGAAUGUAUAAAUAUAUGAAGAAAAAUGUCGAAAUUUAAACAUUUCAUUAGAAAAUUAGUUAUUGGGAAACUCCUGUUACGGGUUUUUUAGAAACUAACUGUUAAAUUGACGUAGAAGCUUCUAGUUAUUACUGGGUAGGUCUAACACCGCAGUAGUCAAUAAGAAAAUCAAUAUUUGACAGCCAUACAUACUACAAAAAAUACAUAUAACAUCUGUGCUCCAGUGUUGCAAGCCCAAAUAAAUAAAUUAUGAGAAAUAUAAAAAAUAAACACCGAAAUACAACGAUCUACUCUCAACAAACAUCGGUGCUUCCAAAAAGGCUCUAACUAAUUUUUUUAUACUGAAAAACAGUUGGUUUCUAGAAAAAUCUUAAAGAAAAAUCCAAAUACAUUCCUAUCGGAUUGGUACAUUUAAGAUGUAGAGGGCAAAACCCUUUAGUAUAAGAAACUGUACAUUAUAAUUGUAAAUUCUUUUAGAAGGUAAAAAUACUGAGUAAUUUAUACGGUAAUAGUUAUUGUGUAACCAAAUAUAAAUAGAUUUUACUCUUCUACGUUUCAGUUGCAGCUAACUAAAGUACCUGUGUAAUAAAAUUGGUUGCUUUAAUGCACACAGUUAAAUUAUAUCACACGCUAAACAAAAUUAUGUUCAUUGUAAGACAAUGAGACUUAUACUAACUGUAAUAAAAAAUUAAACUCUAUUUAUUUAUUGUCAAAGUUCACUUUUCAGUAACAAUAGAGACUUAAUAAUAACUAUAAUAAAAAAUGAAGCUCUGUUUAUUUAUUGUCAAAGUUCAGUUUUCAAUAACAAUAGUUUUAUCAUAAGUUCAUAAAUCGAUCUGCCAUGUAAAGGCAAUCAAAAGUAAAUUCUGUUCUAUAGUGUUAAAGUUUAAUCUAAAUUGUCUCAUUGUCUUUAUUGGAUAGGUAAUUAGGCUCAGUAGACAAUGCACUAUUUUAUGAAACAAUCGGUUUUGUCUUUGGACGAUAUUUUGUUAUGUCAAUAUUCUCAAGUUUUACUUGAUUGUUAACUAGGCUACCCCUGAAAAGGUAGUUUUUAUUAAAAAUAGUUUGUGAUCUUAAUAAAUCUACAUAUUACAUCGUUUGAGUAAGAAUAGAUUUCAUGUAAGAUCUUUGUUUUUGUUCUGUAUUGGGUGCAUUGUCUGCCGAAAUGCGUUCAUUGCUGGAAAUCAUUUAGCACAGAUUAAAAAGCUUGCGUCACUUUUGCAAGCAAGUUAAUGUAGUAUAACAAAUAAGUCAUUAGAAAUAAAAUUAUUUGUGCUUUUCGUCAAAAAGUAAUGUUUCAAUUCAGUCAGCAAACAUAAAUAAAUAUGUUUAUCAAAAAUAAAUAUAAAGACUAGUAUUUUUUACUAAAAUGAACGCAUUUUUUCCUUUUACCUAUCACAUUAACUUAUUUAUACAUAUUUUUGCUUCAAAUACAUAUUUUUCGACCAUACUUACCUAGCGUUAGCCGCUGUUUUGACAUCGAAAGCGUUAAAAUGCAAUUAUUUUAAUAAAUUAUAAUAUCGAAUUUUAUUUGUAAUAACUAUUAUAUUAAUUAAUUUAUGUAUUUUAAUUUUUGAUAUAAUUCAAAAUGUCCUAGUGGAUACAUUGUUUUAUCAGUUAAUAAUUUGGUAUGAGAAUUAUUAAGAUUUAUCGUAAUUGUCAUUUAUUAUAACGCCUAAGCAAAUAAAUAUAGCAAAACGCUUUUACAUGUAAUCCGUAUAAAUAAAAGGUGCUGAAAUGUACACUGUAAUCCUAAGCUUUUAUGAAAAUUAUUCAUUAAUUUUCGCCGUAAAACAAGAACGGCGAUAAAAUUAUUCCAACUUACAUGCCAGUGUAUUUCAAUACAAAUGACAUCAAAUAAACUCUAUUCUAAAUUCAAACUUGCCUAUUUCUUACUCAAAUGUCAUCAACUGGCCAUUAACAGUCGCUAGUCUUAAAAAUUAAAAACGUUUUGUUCUAAAAAGUUUUGAUGACGAUUUUUUUUAUAAAAAUCUUCGUUUUGGUUCUAACAAAGAGGCUAAUUAGCAGCUGUUAUUAUUAAUAAUUUUUUAAUUUCUUUUUGUUUAUUUUUUUAUUCUUAUUAUUAAAAUCUCAUGUUUUCGUAACUUGUAAGGAGGUAGGCUAGGAUAAGCGUAUACAUAAUUAUCGAUGUCCACCUUGUAAAUAAUUCUCCUUUACACUUAGGUAAAUAUACAGGAUAUUAUGAACAA